CAAGUGAUGAUGCUGUGGAAGAUAAUGCUACUAUGGUUUGUAACUAUACAUCAGAUACAAUGUCAUCCAAGAGAAGUGGUAGACAAGGAGACUUGAAACAUUACGAAGAAAUACCAGGAAUAUCAGAUGGACGUACACUCAGAAAACGUACAACUUCAGUGACACAUGCAACCCUCUCCUAGCAGCAGACUCUCUGCCUGACGUGCUACACUACUCCAUCACCAUAACAGCCAUUGUCACACCAUUACAGCAGCACUUACAAUGGAUCUUUCUACAACAAUACAUCUUUCUCUUUCUCACUGAAUAACCAAUGAUAUAAUUACUAAAAAGAUUUUAUGUUCAGUAUCCUGAGACAUUUUUAACCAGUACCAACACUCAACUACAACAUGUUCCUGUCAUUGUCUAUUGUAUUGUCGCUGGUCCAGUGUGUCCUGACCAUAGACCUUACCUACCAUGUGGAAGAAGAGAGAAGUCCAGGAACCUAUGUAGCAGACAUUGCUGCCGAUUCUAAACUUUUGGACAAUGUUAAACCAUCUGACCAACAUUUGAUAACAUUCAGUCAAUUCAAACGAAAGGUGGCACAGUUAUUUAACAUCACCAAAACAGGUAAACUGUACACUGCUCAGACACUGGAUGCAGAAGAUCUCUGCACAUUCAACAAAGAAUGUUCCAGAACUAUGAAAGUUAUUAUAAAGAAAGUGGAUAGUUUCACAAAAAUAUUAAAAGUCAAAAUAAUCAUAGAGGACAUCAAUGACCAUCAACCAAAGUUUCCUAUAAAGAAUAUCAACAUACAGUUUUCUGAGAAUAUAGCUAAAGGUGCAAAACAAUCAAUACCCAAUGCUAUGGACAAAGAUGUUGGAUUUCAAAACUCAUUAGCACAAUAUGAAUUAAAAUCAAAGAAUGGAGAACCAUUCUCUUUGUCAGUGUCUAAAAGAGUUGAUGGUAUUUCUUCACUUAAAAUAGUUUUAAAAGAAACAUUGGACAGAGAAAUCAAAGAUACAUAUUUAUUACAGGUCAUAGCUAAAGAUGGAGGUUCACCAGCAAAACAAGGUAUUUUAAAUAUAAAUAUUUCCAUAAUAGAUGAGAAUGACAACCCACCUGUAUUUUCUAAACCUCUGUAUAAUGUAUCCAUACAAAGUACACAUCAUAAAGCCAAACCCAUCAUUGUUUUAUCUGUGAGUGAUGCUGAUUCUGGUGAAAAUGGUAAAAUUACUUUCCAUUUCAGUCCAAAAACAUCAGAUUUUGCAAAAAGCUAUUUUGAAGUAAAUGAAAACAGUGGAACUAUUUUGUUAAGUAAAUAUACAAGUUUAGGAAAAAAGAAAACUUAUGAACUGUUUAUAGAGGCCAGAGAUGGAGGCAACCCUCCCCUCAGUUCCAUAGCAACAGUUCUUGUGAAUGUUAUCAACCAACACAAUAAUCCUCCUUCUAUUGAUAUUGAUUAUAUUUCUGCAAUCAAUGACAACACAGCUACCAUUUCUGAAAACAUCAAAGUUGGUAGUUUCAUUGCUUAUGUGAUGGUCACUGACAAUGAUGUGGGACAAAAUGGAGAGGUCAGCUGUGAUAUCAAACAUGAUACAUUCAAACUACAGUCAACGGGAUCUAAAGAAUAUCAAAUCAUUCUAAACAAACCAGUGGACAGAGAAACACAAGGACACUAUAACAUUCCUGUCUCCUGUCAAGAUAAAGGAUUACCUCCUCUCAAAAGUGUUAAAAGCCUCUCUAUCCAAGUGACUGACAUCAACGAUGUACAACCACAGUUUACCAAAGAUACAUUCCAAUUCCUCACCUACGAAAACAAAGAUAAAGACUUCCCUAUUGGUUUUGUCAAUGCCACUGACCCUGAUCUUGGAUCUGCUGGACAACUCACAUAUUCUCUGCUGCGUAAAGAAAAAUCCAAUCUCCCAUUUCUCAUCACCAGUUAUGGCUUCAUUUCAGCGACCAUGUCAUUGGACAGAGAGAAACAAGAUGUGUAUAAGUUUGAGGUUUUUGUCAAAGACAAUGGAAGCCCAUCUCUGAAUGACACAGCGAAUGUUGUUGUUGAGAUUCUAGAUCAAAAUGACAAUGCUCCGUAUUUUACAUAUCCUAGUAGUGACCCUUACACGCUAAAUGUGCAGUACCAUCCGCAGAGUAAGAGUGACAUCACAGUUUUGAGAGCGUCUGAUGAGGACAGUGGAAACAAUGCUUUCCUCAGAUAUGCAAUCAUACAAGGAAAUGAUAAACAGUUGUUUAGUAUGAACUCACACAGUGGUGCUUUAUCCUUCUCCAGACAAGUUCAUCUAAAUGAUGCUGGAAGUUAUGAGCUGGUGUUUGUUGUGAAGGACAGUGGUAGUCCAGUUCAGUCGUCAACAACUAGUGUCACUUUGGUAUUGGCUGUUAGUAACGAGACAUCACCAAUGUCGAAGAGUGGACCUUUACAAUCUUCAGGUCAGGUCCAUAUGACAUGGGUUAUUAUCAUUGUAUCAUCAGCAGUAAUAAUAUCAGUGGCUAUUGUUGUUUCUAUAAAACUGUGUAUUAUGCAAUGUAUUAAACACAGAGAUAACACAGCUGCUGCCACAAAGAAUACAGCCUACCAAGGUAGAGCAGAGAUGAAACAAUUGUUGUACCAGACUAACACUUCUGUUGCUAUGUCGAGAACUUUACCAAAACCUACCCCAAAAUACUGUCAACCUGUUGUGGUGACAUCAAGUGAUGAUGCUGUGGAAGAUAAUGCUACUAUGGUUUGCAACUAUACAUCAGAUACAAUGUCAUCCAAGAGAAGUGGUAGACAAGGAGACUUGAAACAUUACGAAGAAAUACCAGGUGUAUCAGACAAACCUGGACAGCUUCACCUCAACACAAUGUUAUUGUCAUUGUCCAUUGUAUUAUCAAUGGUCCACUGUGUCCUGACCAUAGACCUUACCUACCAUGUGGAAGAAGAGAGAAGUCCAGGAACCUAUGUAGCAGACAUUGCUGCCGAUUCUAAACUUUUAGACAAUGUUAAACCAUCUGACCAACAUUUGAUAACAUUCAGUCAAUUCAAACGAAAGGUGGCACAGUUAUUUAAUAUCACCAAAACAGGUAAGCUGUACACUGCUCAGACACUGGAUGCAGAAGAUCUCUGCACAUUCAACAAAGAAUGUUCUAGAACUAUGAAGGUUGUUGUCAAUAAAGGAAUCAGUGUUUCAAAAAUAUUAAAAAUCAAAAUUGUUAUAGAAGAUAUCAAUGACCAUCAACCAGAGUUUCCUAUAAAGAAUGUGAAUAUACAGUUUGGAGAAGAUGACCGUAUCAGUUCAAAAAGAUCAAUACCGAAUGCCAUGGACAAAGAUGUUGGAUUUCAAAACUCCUUAAUUCAAUAUAAAUUAAAAUCAAAGAAUGGAGAACCAUUCUCUCUGUCAGUGUCUAAAAGAGCUGAUGGUAUUUCUUCACUUAAAAUAGUUUUAAAAGAAUCAUUAGACAGAGAAAUCAAAGAUACAUAUUUAUUACAAGUCAUAGCUAAAGAUGGAGGUUCACCAGCAAAACAAGGUAUUUUGAAUAUAAAUAUCUCAAUAAUAGAUUUAAACGACAACCCACCUGUAUUUUCUAAACCUUUAUAUAAUAUAUCCAUACAAAGUACACAUCAUAAAUCCAAACCCAUCAUUGUUUUAUCUGUAACAGAUGCUGAUUCUGGUGAAAAUGGCAAAAUUACUUUCCAUUUCAGUCCAAAGACAUCAGAUCUAGCAAAAAGCUAUUUUCAGUUAAAUAAAACCAGUGGAAAUAUUCUGUUGAGGGAAUAUUCAAAUCUGGGAAAAAAGAAAACCUAUGAAUUAUUUGUAGAAGCCAGAGACGGAGGUAUUCCACCUCUCAAUUCCAUAGCAACUGUUCUGGUAAAUGUUAUCAAUCAACACAACAAUCCCCCAAAUAUUGAUAUUGAUUAUGUUUCUGCAAUCAAUGACAACACAGCUACCAUCUCUGAAAACAUCAAAGUCGGUAGUUUCAUUGCUUAUGUGAUGGUCACUGACAAUGAUGUGGGACAAAAUGGAGAGGUCAGCUGUGAUAUCAAACAUGAUACAUUCAAACUACAGUCAAUGGGAUCUAAAGAAUAUAAAAUCAUUCUAAACAAACCAGUGGACAGAGAAACACAAGGACACUAUAACAUUCCUGUCUCCUGUCAAGAUAAAGGAUUACCUCCUCUCAAAAGUGUUAAAAGCCUCUCUAUCCAAGUGACUGACAUCAACGAUGUACAACCACAGUUUACCAAAGACACAUUCCAAUUCCUCACCUACGAAAACAAAGAUAAAGACUUCCCUAUUGGUUUUGUCAAUGCCACUGACCCUGAUCUUGGAUCUGCUGGACAACUCACGUAUUCUCUGCUGCGUAAAGAAAAAUCCAAUCUCCCAUUUCUCAUCACCAGUUAUGGCUUCAUUUCAGCGACCAUGUCAUUGGACAGAGAGAAACAAGAUGUGUAUAAGUUUGAGGUUUUUGUCAAAGACAAUGGAAGCCCAUCUCUGAAUGACACAGCGAAUGUUGUUGUUGAGAUUCUAGAUCAAAAUGACAAUGCUCCGUAUUUUACAUAUCCUAGUAGUGACCCUUACACGCUAAAUGUGCAGUACCAUCCGCAGAGUAAGAGUGACAUCACAGUUUUGAGAGCUUCUGAUGGGGACAGUGGAAACAAUGCUUUCCUCAGAUAUGCAAUCAUACAAGGAAAUGAUAAACAGUUGUUUAGUAUGAACUCACACAGUGGUGCUUUAUCCUUCUCCAGACAAGUUUAUCUAAAUGAUGCUGGAAGUUAUGAGCUGGUGUUUGUUGUGAAGGACAGUGGUAGUCCAGUUCAGUCGUCAACAACUAGUGUCACUUUGGUAUUGGCUGUUAGUAACGAGACAUCACCAAUGUCGAAGAGUGGACCUUUACAAUCUUCAGGUCGGGUCCAUAUGACAUGGGUUAUUAUCAUUGUAUCAUCAGCAGUAAUAAUAUCAGUGGCUAUUGUUGUUUCUAUAACGCUGUGUAUUAUGAAAUGUAUUAAACACAGAGAUAACACAGCUGCUGCCACAAAGAAUACAGCCUACCAAGGUAGAGCAGAGAUGAAACAAUUGUUGUACCAGACUAACACUUCUGUUGCUAUGUCGAGGAAUGCAGAAGAGAUGGUGAAGCGGAAUAUCUAUUCUGAGAGAUCCAAGAGUGAAUGUUAUGCAGAAGGUCAGCUACAGAACAAAUAUGAAUCUUCAGUUCAGUCGAGAACUUUACCAAAACCUACCCCAAAAUACUGUCAACCUGUUGUGGUGACAUCAAGUGAUGAUGCUGUGGAAGAUAAUGCUACUAUGGUUUGUAACUAUACAUCAGAUACAAUGUCAUCCAAGAGAAGUGGUAGACAUGGAGAGUUGAAACAUUACGAAGAAAUACCAGGAAUAUCAGACAAUAUCAAUGAGAAAUCACAACAUUCUUGUGACAGUCUACAAAUAUUUUCAUUAAAAUAUUUCUUCAUCAUUGACUGUCUAUUUGUCAGGAACAGUGACUCAAAUCAUUUUCAUAUUUUAAACUAUUUGAAAGAAACAUAUUUCCAUUUCAGGUUCAACCAAUGCCACACCUUCAGAUACCUAACCAUUCCAACACUCAACAGCAACAUGUUCCUGCCAUUGUCUAUUGUAUUUUCGCUGGUCCAGUGUGUCCUGACCAUAGACCUUACCUACCACGUGGAAGAAGAGAGAAGUCCAGGAACAUAUGUAGCAGACAUUGCUGCCGAUUCUAAACUUUUAGACAAUGUUAAACCAUCUGACCAACAUUUGAUAACAUUCAGUCAAUUCAAACGAAAGGUGGCACAGUUAUUUAACAUCACCAAAACAGGUAAACUGUACACUGCUCAGACACUGGAUGCAGAAGAUCUCUGCACAUUCAACAAAGAAUGUUCCAGAACUGUGAAAGUUGUGGUUAAUAAAGGAAGAAGUAUUACAAAGAUAUUAAAAAUCAAAAUUGUAAUAGAAGAUAUCAAUGACCAUCAACCAAACUUUCCUAUGAGAAAUGUCAAUAUACUGUUUAGUGAAGAUGAUCGCAAAGGUGCAAAAAGAUCAAUACCCAAUGCCAUAGACAAAGAUGUUGGAUUUCAAAACUCAUUAAUACAAUAUAAAUUAAAAUCAAAGAAUGGAGAACCAUUCUCUCUGUCAGUGUCUAAAAGAGCUGAUGGUAUUUCUUCUCUUAAAAUAGUUUUAAAAGAAACAUUGGACAGAGAAAUCAAAGAUACAUAUUUAUUACAGGUCAUAGCUAAAGAUGGAGGGUCACCAGCAAAACAAGGGAUUUUGAAUAUAAAUAUUUCUGUAAUAGAUGUUAAUGACAACCCACCAGAGUUUUCUAAACCUUUAUAUAAUAUAUCCAUACAAAGUGCGCAUCACAAAUCUAAACCCAUCAUUGUUUUAUCUGUGACAGAUGCUGAUUCUGGUGAAAAUGGUAAAAUUACUUUCCAUUUCAGUCCAAAGACAUCAGAUAUAGCAAAAAGUUAUUUUCAAUUAAAUGAAACCAGUGGAAAUAUUCAGUUAAGGGAAUAUUCAAAUUUUGGGAAAAAGAAAACCUAUGAACUAUUUAUAGAAGCCAGAGAUGGGGGCAACCCUCCUCUCAUUUCUAUAGCAACAGUUCUGGUAAAUGUUAUCAACCAACACAACAAUCCUCCAUCUAUUGAUAUUGAUUAUGUUUCUUCAAUCAAUGACAACACAGCUACCCUUUCGGAAGACACCAGAGUUGGUAGUUUCAUUGCUUAUGUGAUGGUCACUGACAAUGAUGUGGGACAAAAUGGAGAGGUCAGCUGUGAUAUCAAACAUGAUACAUUCAAACUACAGUCAAUGGGAUCCAAGGAAUAUAAAAUCAUUCUAAACAAACCAGUGGACAGAGAAACACAAGGACACUAUAACAUUCCUGUCUCGUGUCAAGAUAAAGGAUUACCUCCUCUGAAAAGUGUUAAAAGCCUCUCUAUCCAAGUGACUGACAUCAACGAUGUACAACCACAGUUUACCAAAGAUACAUUCCAAUUCCUCACCUACGAAAACAAAGAUAAAGACUUCCCUAUUGGUUUUGUCAAUGCCACUGACCCUGAUCUUGGAUCUGCUGGACAACUCACAUAUUCUCUGCUGCGUAAAGAAAAAUCCAAUCUCCCAUUUCUCAUCACCAGUUAUGGCUUCAUUUCAGCGACCAUGUCAUUGGACAGAGAGAAACAAGAUGUGUAUAAGUUUGAGGUUUUUGUCAAAGACAAUGGAAGCCCAUCUCUGAAUGACACAGCGAAUGUUGUUGUUGAGAUUCUAGAUCAAAAUGACAAUGCUCCGUAUUUUACAUAUCCUAGUAGUGACCCUUACACGCUAAAUGUGCAGUACCAUCCGCAGAGUAAGAGUGACAUCACAGUUUUGAGAGCCUCUGAUGGGGACAGUGGAAACAAUGCUUUCCUCAGAUAUGCAAUCAUACAAGGAAAUGAUAAACAGUUGUUUAGUAUGAACUCACACAGUGGUGCUUUAUCCUUCUCCAGACAAGUUUAUCUAAAUGAUGCUGGAAGUUAUGGGCUGGUGUUUGUUGUGAAGGACAGUGGUAGUCCAGUUCAGUCGUCAACAACUAGUGUCACUUUGGUAUUGGCUGUUAGUAACGAGACAUCACCAAUGUCGAAGAGUGGACCUUUACAAUCUUCAGGUCGGGUCCAUAUGACAUGGGUUAUUAUCAUUGUAUCAUCAGCAGUAAUAAUAUCAGUGGCUAUUGUUGUUUCUAUAACGCUGUGUAUUAUGAAAUGUAUUAAACACAGAGAUAACACAGCUGCUGCCACAAAGAAUACAGCCUACCAAGGUAGAGCAGAGAUGAAACAAUUGUUGUACCAGACUAACACUUCUGUUGCUAUGUCGAGGAAUGCAGAAGAGAUGGUGAAGCGGAAUAUCUAUUCUGAGAGAUCCAAGAGUGAAUGUUAUGCAGAAGGUCAGCUACAGAACAAAUAUGAAUCUUCAGUUCAGUCGAGAACUUUACCAAAACCUACCCCAUGGACCCUCUUUCUUGAGAAUAGCUGGUCACAUGUCAUGUCUUCCACAAACUCCCAACUCACUUGUCUCUCCUCUUCUAAUUAUCCACAUUGUACCCAGCACUACACAAGCACCGCACUUAUCACAAUUGCCAUUCAUUUCUCCUUUGAAGUUCCAACACUCAACAGCAACAUGUUACUGUCGUUGUCUAUUGUAUUGUCAGUGGUCCACUGUGUCCUGACCAUAGACCUUACCUACCAUGUGGAAGAAGAGAGAAGUCCAGGAACAUAUGUAGCAGACAUUGCUGCCGAUUCUAAACUUUUAGACAAUGUUAAACCAUCUGACCAACAUUUGAUAACAUUCAGUCAAUUCAAACGAAAGGUGGCACAGUUAUUUAACAUCACCAAAACAGGUAAACUGUACACUGCUCAGACACUGGAUGCAGAAGAUCUCUGCACAUUCAACAAAGAAUGUUCUAGAACUAUGAAAGUUGUUGUCAAUAAAGGAAGAAGUAUUACAAAGAUAUUAAAAAUCAAAAUUGUAAUAGAAGAUAUCAAUGACCAUGAACCUAAGUUUCCAAAAACUAUAGUGUAUAUAGAAUUUGGAGAAAAUGAUCGUAAAGGUUCUAAAGUAUCACUACCGAAUGCCAUAGACAAAGAUGUUGGAUUUCAAAAUUCAUUAAUUCAAUAUAAAUUAAAAUCAAAGAAUGGAGAACCAUUCUCUCUGUCAGUGUCUAAAAGAGCUGAUGGAAUUUCUUCUCUUAAAAUAGUCUUAAAAGAAUCAUUGGACAGAGAAAUCAAAGAUACAUAUUUAUUACAGGUCAUAGCUAAAGAUGGAGGGUCACCAGCAAAACAAGGUAUUUUAAAUAUAAAUAUCUCAAUAAUAGAUUUGAACGACAACCCACCUGUAUUUUCUAAACCUUUAUAUAAUAUAUCCUUACAAAGUACACAUCAUAAAUCCAAACCCAUCAUUGUUUUAUCUGUGACAGAUGCUGAUUCUGGGGAAAAUGGUAAAAUUACUUUCCAUUUCAGUCCAAAGACAUCAGAUAUAGCAAAAAGCUAUUUUCAAUUAAAUGAAACCAGUGGAGGCAUUUUGUUAAGUAAAUAUUCAAGUUUGGGGAAAAAGAAAACCUACGAAUUGUUUAUAGAAGCCAGAGAUGGGGGCAGCCCUCCCCUCAGUUCUAUAGCUACAGUCCUCGUAAAUGUUAUCAAUCAACACAAUAAUCCUCCAUCUAUUGAUAUUGAUUAUGUUUCUUCAGUCAAUGACAACACAGCUACCAUUUCUGAAGAUACCAGAGUUGGUAGUUUCAUUGCUUAUGUGAUGGUCACUGACAAUGAUGUGGGACAAAAUGGAGAGGUCAGCUGUGAUAUCAAACAUGAUACGUUCAAACUACAGUCAAUGGGAUCUAAAGAAUAUAAAAUCAUUCUAAACAAACCAGUGGACAGAGAAACACAAGGACACUAUAACAUUCCUGUCUCCUGUCAAGAUAAAGGAUUACCUCCUCUUAAAAGUGUUAAAAGCCUCUCUAUCCAAGUGACUGACAUCAACGAUGUACAACCACAGUUUACCAAAGAUACAUUCCAAUUCCUCACCUACGAAAACAAAGAUAAAGACUUCCCUAUUGGUUUUGUCAAUGCCACUGACCCUGAUCUUGGAUCUGCUGGACAACUCACAUAUUCUCUGCUGCGUAAAGAAAAAUCCAAUCUCCCAUUUCUCAUCACCAGUUAUGGCUUCAUUUCAGCGACCAUGUCAUUGGACAGAGAGAAACAAGAUGUGUAUAAGUUUGAGGUUUUUGUCAAAGACAAUGGAAGCCCAUCUCUGAAUGACACAGCGAAUGUUGUUGUUGAGAUUCUAGAUCAAAAUGACAAUGCUCCGUAUUUUACAUAUCCUAGUAGUGACCCUUACACGCUAAAUGUGCAGUACCAUCCGCAGAGUAAGAGUGACAUCACAGUUUUGAGAGCGUCUGAUGGGGACAGUGGAAACAAUGCUUUCCUCAGAUAUGCAAUCAUACAAGGAAAUGAUAAACAGUUGUUUAGUAUGAACUCACACAGUGGUGCUUUAUCCUUCUCCAGACAAGUUUAUCUAAAUGAUGCUGGAAGUUAUGAGCUGGUGUUUGUUGUGAAGGACAGUGGUAGUCCAGUUCAGUCGUCAACAACUAGUGUCACUUUGGUGUUGGCUGUUAGUAACGAGACAUCACCAAUGUCGAAGAGUGGACCUUUACAAUCUUCAGGUCGGGUCCAUAUGACAUGGGUUAUUAUCAUUGUAUCAUCAGCAGUAAUAAUAUCAGUGGCUAUUGUUGUUUCUAUAACGCUGUGUAUUAUGAAAUGUAUUAAACACAGAGAUAACACAGCUGCUGCCACAAAGAAUACAGCCUACCAAGGUAGAGCAGAGAUGAAACAAUUGUUGUACCAGACUAACACUUCUGUUGCUAUGUCGAGGAAUGCAGAAGAGAUGGUGAAGCGGAAUAUCUAUUCUGAGAGAUCCAAGAGUGAAUGUUAUGCAGAAGGUCAGCUACAGAACAAAUAUGAAUCUUCAGUUCAGUCGAGAACUUUACCAAAACCUACCCCAAAAUACUGUCAACCUGUUGUGGUGACAUCAAGUGAUGAUGCUGUGGAAGAUAAUGCUACUAUGGUUUGUAACUAUACAUCAGAUACAAUGUCAUCCAAGAGAAGUGGUAGACAAGGAGACUUGAAACAUUAUGAAGAAAUACCAGGAGUAUCAGAAACUAUCAUGAAAGGGGAAGCACUACCAACAUACAACAGCAAUAUGUUACUGUCAUUGUCCAUUGUAUUAUCAAUGGUCCAGUGUGUGCUGACCAUAGACCUUACCUACCACGUGGAAGAAGAGAGAAGUCCAGGAACAUAUGUAGCAGACAUUGCUGCCGAUUCUAAACUUUUAGACAACGUUAAACCAUCUGACCAACAUUUGAUAACAUUCAGUCAAUUCAAACGAAAGGUGGCACAGUUAUUUAACAUCACCAAAACAGGUAAACUGUACACUGCUCAGACACUGGAUGCAGAAGAUCUCUGCACAUUCAACAAAGAAUGUUCCAGAACUAUGAAAGUUGUUGUCAAUAAAGGAACCAGUGUUUCAAAAAUAUUAAAAAUCAAAAUAGUAAUAGAAGAUAUCAAUGACCAUGAACCUAAAUUUCCAAAAAAUACAGUUUAUUUAGAAUAUGGUGAAGAUGAUCGUAAAGGUGCUAAAAGAUCGUUACCAAAUGCCAUAGACAAAGAUGUUGGAUUUCAAAAUUCAUUAAUUCAAUAUAAAUUAAAAUCAAAGAAUGGAGAACCAUUCUCUCUGUCAGUGUCUAAAAGAGCUGAUGGUAUUUCUUCACUUAAUAUAGUUUUGAAAGAAUCAUUAGACAGAGAAAUCAAAGAUACAUAUUUAUUACAAGUCACAGCUAAAGAUGGAGGUUCACCAGCAAAACAAGGAAUUUUGAAUAUAAAUAUCUCUAUAAUGGAUGUAAAUGACAACCUACCAGAGUUUUCUAAACCUCUGUACAAUAUAUCCAUACAAAGUACGCAUCAUAAAUCCAAACCCAUCAUUGUUUUAUCUGUAACAGAUGCUGAUGCUGGUGAAAAUGGUAAAAUUACUUUCCAUUUCAGUCCAAAGACAUCAGAUAUUGUAAAAAGCUAUUUUCAGUUGAAUGAAACCAGUGGAAGCAUUUUAUUAAGAAAAUAUUCAAGUCUGGGAAAAAAGAAAACCUAUGAAUUGUUUAUAGAAGCCAGAGAUGGGGGCAGUCCACCCUUUAGUUCUAUAGCAACUGUUUUAGUAAAUGUUGUCAACCAACACAACAAUCCCCCAAAUAUUGAUAUUGAUUAUGUUUCUGCAAUCAAUGACAACACAGCUACCAUCUCUGAAAACAUUAAAGUUGGUAGUUUCAUUGCUUAUGUGAUGGUCACUGACAAUGAUGUGGGACAAAAUGGAGAGGUCAGCUGUGAUAUCAAACAUGAUACAUUCAAACUACAGUCAAUGGGAUCUAAAGAAUAUAAAAUCAUUCUAAACAAACCAGUGGACAGAGAAACACAAGGACACUAUAACAUUCCUGUCUCCUGUCAAGAUAAAGGAUUACCUCCUCUGAAAAGUGUUAAAAGCCUCUCUAUCCAAGUGACUGACAUCAACGAUGUACAACCGCAGUUUACCAAAGAUACAUUCCAAUUCCUCACCUACGAAAACAAAGAUAAAGACUUCCCUAUUGGUUUUGUCAAUGCCACUGACCCUGAUCUUGGAUCUGCUGGACAACUCACAUAUUCUCUGCUGCGUAAAGAAAAAUCCAAUCUCCCAUUUCUCAUCACCAGUUAUGGCUUCAUUUCAGCGACCAUGUCAUUGGACAGAGAGAAACAAGAUGUGUAUAAGUUUGAGGUUUUUGUCAAAGACAAUGGAAGCCCAUCUCUGAAUGACACAGCGAAUGUUGUUGUUGAGAUUCUAGAUCAAAAUGACAAUGCUCCAUAUUUUACAUAUCCUAGUAGUGACCCUUACACGCUAAAUGUGCAGUACCAUCCGCAGAGUAAGAGUGACAUCACAGUUUUGAGAGCUUCUGAUGGGGACAGUGGAAACAAUGCUUUCCUCAGAUAUGCAAUCAUACAAGGAAAUGAUAAACAGUUGUUAGUAGACAGUGGUAGUCCAGUUCAGUCGUCAACAACUAGUGUCACUUUGGUAUUGGCUGUUAGUAACGAGACAUCACCAAUGUCGAAGAGUGGACCUUUACAAUCUUCAGGUCGGGUCCAUAUGACAUGGGUUAUUAUCAUUGUAUCAUCAGCAGUAAUAAUAUCAGUGGCUAUUGUUGUUUCUAUAACGCUGUGUAUUAUGAAAUGUAUUAAACACAGAGAUAACACAGCUGCUGCCACAAAGAAUACAGCCUACCAAGGUAGAGCAGAGAUGAAACAAUUGUUAUACCAGACUAACACUUCUGUUGCUAUGUCGAGGAAUGCAGAAGAGAUGGUGAAGCGGAAUAUCUAUUCUGAGAGAUCCAAGAGUGAAUGUUAUGCAGAAGGUCAGCUACAGAACAAAUAUGAAUCUUCAGUUCAGUCGAGAACUUUACCAAAACCUACCCCAAAAUACUGUCAACCUGUUGUAGUGACAUCAAGUGAUGAUGCUGUGGAAGAUAAUGCUACUAUGGUUUGUAACUAUACAUCAGAUACAAUGUCAUCCAAGAGAAGUGGUAGACAAGGAGACUUGAAACAUUACGAAGAAAUACCAGGAGUAUCAGAAAUUAAAAUUGAAGUGAACUUUAUUAUCAAUAAACAAUGUUUCCCAAUUCAAACUGAAAACAAUUCUUCAGCAGGAAAAGCAUUGUGUUCAGAUAUAUUCUACAAUAUUCUACCAACUAUCAACAUGUUCCUGUCGUUGUCCAUUGUAUUGUCGCUGGUCCACUGUGUCCUGACCAUAGACCUUACCUACCACGUGGAAGAAGAGAGAAGUCCAGGAACAUAUGUAGCAGACAUUGCUGCUGAUUCUAAACUUUUAGACAAUGUUAAACCAUCUGACCAACAUUUGAUAACAUUCAGUCAAUUCAAACGAAAGGUGGCACAGUUAUUUAAUAUCACCAAAACAGGUAAACUGUACACUGCUCAGACACUGGAUGCAGAAGAUCUCUGCACAUUCAACAAAGAAUGUUCUAGAAUUAUGAAGGUUGUUGUCAAUAAAGGAACCAGUGUUUCAAAAAUAUUAAAAAUCAAAAUUGUAAUAGAAGAUAUCAAUGACCAUGAACCUAAGUUUCCAAAAGCUCAAAUUUCUUUGAAAUUCUACGAGACAGAUGGAAAAGGCACUAAACAAUCUCUGCCAAAUGCCAUAGAUAAAGAUGUAGGAUUCGAAAAUUCCUUAAUACAAUAUAAAUUGAAAUCAAAGAAUGGAGAACCAUUCUCUCUGUCAGUCUCUAAAAGAGCUGAUGGUAUUUCUUCUCUUAAAAUAGUUUUAAAAGAAUCAUUAGACAGAGAAAUCAAAGAUACAUAUUUAUUACAAGUCAUAGCUAAAGAUGGAGGUUCACCAGCAAAACAAGGUAUUUUAAAUAUAAAUAUUUCAAUAAUAGAUUUGAACGACAACUCACCUGUAUUUUCUAAACCUUUAUAUAAUAUAUCCUUACAAAGUACACAUCAUAAAGCCAAACCCAUCAUUGUUUUAUCCGUGACAGAUGCUGAUUCUGGGGAAAAUGGUAAAAUUACUUUCCAUUUCAGUCCAAAAACAUCAGAUUUAGCAAAAAGCUAUUUUGAAGUAAAUGAAAACAGUGGAAGCAUUUUGUUAAGUAAAUAUACAAGUUUAGGAAAAAAGAAAACUUAUGAACUAUUUAUAGAGGCCAGAGAUGGGGGCAGCCCUCCUCUCAGUUCUAUAGCAACAGUCCUCGUAAAUGUUAUCAACCAACACAAUAAUCCUCCAUCUAUUGAUAUUGAUUAUGUUUCUGCAAUCAAUGACAACACAGCUACCAUCUCUGAAAACAUUAAAGUCGGUAGUUUCAUUGCUUAUGUGAUGGUCACUGACAACGAUGUGGGACAAAAUGGAGAGGUCAGCUGUGAUAUCAAACAUGAUACAUUCAAACUACAGUCAAUGGGAUCUAAAGAAUAUAAAAUCAUUCUAAACAAACCAGUGGACAGAGAAACACAAGGACACUAUAACAUUCCUGUCUCUUGUCAAGAUAAAGGAUUACCUCCUCUUAAAAGUGUUAAAAGCCUCUCUAUCCAAGUGACUGACAUCAACGAUGUACAACCACAGUUCACCAAAGAUACAUUCCAAUUCCUCACCUACGAAAACAAAGAUAAAGACUUCCCUAUUGGUUUUGUCAAUGCCACUGACCCCGAUCUUGGAUCUGCUGGACAACUCACGUAUUCUCUGCUGCGUAAAGAAAAAUCCAAUCUCCCAUUUCUCAUCACCAGUUAUGGCUUCAUUUCAGCGACCAUGUCAUUGGACAGAGAGAAACAAGAUGUGUAUAAGUUUGAGGUUUUUGUCAAAGACAAUGGAAGCCCAUCUCUGAAUGACACAGCGAAUGUUGUUGUUGAGAUUCUAGAUCAAAAUGACAAUGCUCCGUAUUUUACAUAUCCUAGUAGUGACCCUUACACGCUAAAUGUGCAGUACCAUCCGCAGAGUAAGAGUGACAUCACAGUUUUGAGAGCGUCUGAUGGGGACAGUGGAAACAAUGCUUUCCUCAGAUAUGCAAUCAUACGAGGAAAUGAUAAACAGUUGUUUAGUAUGAACUCACACAGUGGUGCUUUAUCCUUCUCCAGACAAGUUUAUCUAAAUGAUGCUGGAAGUUAUGAGCUGGUGUUUGUUGUGAAGGACAGUGGUAGUCCAGUUCAGUCGUCAACAACUAGUGUCACUUUGGUAUUGGCUGUUAGUAACGAGACAUCACCAAUGUCGAAGAGUGGACCUUUACAAUCUUCAGGUCGGGUCCAUAUGACAUGGGUUAUUAUCAUUGUAUCAUCAGCAGUAAUAAUAUCAGUGGCUAUUGUUGUUUCUAUAACGCUGUGUAUUAUGAAAUGUAUUAAACACAGAGAUAACACAGCUGUUGCCACAAAGAAUACAGCCUACCAAGGUAGAGCAGAGAUGAAACAAUUGUUGUACCAGACUAACACUUCUGUUGCUAUGUCGAGGAAUGCAGAAGAGAUGGUGAAGCGGAAUAUCUAUUCUGAGAGAUCCAAGAGUGAAUGUUAUGCAGAAGGUCAGCUACAGAACAAAUAUGAAUCUUCAGUUCAGUCGAGAACUUUACCAAAACCUACCCCAAAAUACUGUCAACCUGUUGUGGUGACAUCAAGUGAUGAUGCUGUGGAAGAUAAUGCUACUAUGGUUUGUAACUAUACAUCAGAUACAAUGUCAUCCAAGAGAAGUGGUAGACAUGGAGACUUGAAACAUUAUGAAGAAAUACCAGGAGUAUCAGAUCAAAGUAUUUAUAAGAACAAUGACACAGCUACAUCAAAAGAUUCCAGUGAAGAAACACCAGUGAAACAUGUCUAAAUUAAUCAGCUGUUGAAGUAACAACUAACUUCAUCUCUAGCUGUACAUAUGCAAUAUUCACUUAUCAGUUCAUAAACGAUACCAAUAA